AUGAAACCAGAACAUAACUCCACAAUGAAAGCAAGAAAUCAAAAACUGGAAGCAAAGAAGAAACUCUCUUAUGCGGAUAUUGUAAGUAGAAAGGAGAAACGGUCUUGCGAUCUACCUGCUGUAAUUAAUCGUUGGGAAGCAGCUGUUUCAAAUUGGGAGUAUGAAAGAAAAGUGCAUUCAAAAAUUGGAUUAUUAAUUAAUCAACGGUACGAAGUAUUACUGAAGAUCAAUUUUGGGACUUUUGGAUCUAUCUAUAGUGCCACUGAUACUUUUACAGGAAAGAAAGUGGCACUCAAAUUCGUUACUAGAUUAAUAGAACAUAAAAAUUUCCAACUACGGCAUGAAUAUGGUGUGUACAACGUAUUGAAAAAUAUUUUCGGAUUUCCGAAAGUUUACUGGUUUGGCACAGAAUUCGACCACGAAAUAUUAGUUAUGCAAUUGCUUGGACCGUCACUUGCACAGCUUUACAAAUAUUGUGAUUAUAGCUUCACGUCUGAGACGAUAACUGAAAUAGGGCAACAAAUGCUGGAUCGCCUUCGAAUUUUGCAUUUAAACGGAUAUAUACAUUGUGAUGUGAAGCCACAUAAUUUUCUUAUGGGUAUUAAUGAUGAUGAAGAAACUUGCUACCUUGUCGAUUAUGGACUUGCUCGAUGCUACAGAUCUAAUGACGAGAUUCGAUCGCACAUAUCUUUGGAAGGUGGUAGACGUUCAGUAGGUACUGUCAAGUACGCUAGUAUCAAUAACCACGAAGGAUGUACUUUGAGUCGACGUGAUGAUUUGGAAAGUUUAGGCUAUGUUUUGAUAGAAUUUAUCAAUCGCACUUUACCAUGGUCUAUGCAGAAGAGUAACGCAUUGAAAAGAAAAUUUCGAUCAAGAAAACUAUCAGUCAAUAAGAUAAAAGCUAUGAAGAAGGAAACAGAUUGGGGCCUUACGUGUCCAAGAAUGGCAAAGUGGAUGAACUAUUGCUUCCAAUUGGGUUUUGAAGAUGAUGUGCGAAAUUAA